UAUGCUAUAGAAGGUAGGGAACUAUUUACCCUCUUUCAAUUAAAUAAAGUGAUUUAACUUCCACUUUUUUCUCUUGUGUUAUCAAAUGAAUAAAUUGAACUGGUUCAAAGCAACCCACUGUUUCUAUAUAUAUUUCUAGCGUUAUUAUUCUCACAACUAACUCAAUGAGUUCUACAAUUCAAUCCAGCACGAGUUCUACUCCGAUUCAAAAAUCGGAUGAGGAAAAAGUUAUUAGUGAUUCUGUAGAAAUGAGAGGACCUGCUUUUAUUCCAGCUUGUUUGCACACACCACAGGAAGCUCAUACUUGUGCUGAGUCGGGUUCAACCAUCAGUCGAAUCCAGAUAGCCUCUAAAAAGGCACGCAAGUCUAAAAUUCAGCUUCAGGAAGAGGAGUCGCAGCGUCUGAUUGAGGUUGAUGCGCUUAUCAAUGCAGAAAUUAUAUUUACUUCAAAGGCAACAACUUGUGAUUCACCUGAACCCCUCAAAUAUUCUAAUACUUUUAAUUGCUUAAAUUCAUCUAUAGAGGUUCAUUCUGAGCAUUCUGAGAGUGAUGAUGACAACUACUACGUUACUUAUGACUAUCCGAAGCUCACCUCCGCCGAACGGUUGGAGAUCUUAAAGGAAAGAGUAAGUGAAAAAAUGAGUGAAAUUCAGGCGAAGUCGCGAAUUCAACAUGGUGUUGCGCGGCGUCCAGCCGUUUUGUCGCGCACUCGCUACGGUCAACUUAAAGCUAUUCCACAAAAUUUCAAUUCAAACUUGCCAAAAAAAUUAUUAGAGGGUCCCUUACCAUCUUCUAUCACUCCUUGUUGCAAGGGAGGCAAAUAUGUGCAAAAUACAGAUGUACCACGAGACGGCAAUGACGACGAGUUCAACAUCACGGAUAAAGAACUAUCUAUAGAAUCAGGAUCCCAGUGAUUGGAAAAAUAAGACUAAUGACACAAGGUGCAGUAGGUAUGCUCUCUAAACUAGAAAUUAAGCCUAAACUAAUGAGGAAAAGGAUGCAAGUAGAUAUGUGUCUUGGUGAUGCAAAUCAGUUGUAAAGAAAUAUUGUUUGUGUUUUCUUGUUGUGUGUGUAUGUGUGCGACAUCUACUCCGAAUUGUAUUAACAGCCUGGAAUAAAAGUAUCAGAAUAAUUUAAUUUCAAUCAUCUUGAAUAGUAUGAAGAAAACUCCUUACUGACCAACAAUUAUUUCACGGUGUAUUUUUUUUCCAAAUUUGUCUAUCAUUCCUUUUAGUACUCCUAAUUUAUUAGACCCAUUAUAUAUAUUCAAUUCUUUGAUGUAACUAUAAGUAUUAAUUCGUGCAUUUAAUUUACUUCUUCAUUUUAGAAGAAACAUUUCUUUA